AUGAAAUUGCCAGUCUAUGUGACUGCCCCAGUAAAGUCCACAGGCCAGUUGGCAUCUACAUUUCCACCUCACCCUGAGGGCUCCAAUUGGGCAGAUAGGGCAUCUCCACAUGUCCCCUCCAUCACUGGACACACCUCUGGUGCAUUGGCUGUACGGCCCCACAGCCACCAGUCUGCCGAAGGCCCAGCACGGCUCACAGCGAUGGGGGGCAUCAGUCUCCAGGCCUCUGGACAACCUAAAGGUAGAGUCCCCGCAUAUCUAACUGGGACAAGUCCAGUCAGGACUUUGCAGUACCGUGCCAGCAAUCCCCCAGGGCACCUGCAUAAUACAGGAGCUGUUUGCUUCUUGAAGGAGUUGAGGUUUCUUCAGAGAACGUCUGGAGUGAGGCUGUGUAAGUAA